AUGGUCAGGCAAUCACAUGAGGGAAGCCAACAGAGCGCGAGUCUGAGUCGUGCCAAGGAGGAGGGGCCAACUUCACAAAUCCUCGUUGUGCCAGAGGCUAUCUGGCCAAGUCACCUCAAUCUAGACAUGCGGCUGCAAUCUAAAAUUCGUUGUCAUGUCGUCUUUGUGGUGUUAGCCUCAAUCGAUCUCUGUCUGUCCCAGAACAUCACAUUUUCGACUCUCCGCUGGCGACAGGAGUCUGUCACACCUCCACGCGUGCGGGUUCAGUUGUUUACAGGGUGGGUCUGGCAGUCUUUCUCGAGCCCGGAGCUCGGAUGCGAAGGGAACUGCAAGGUCGUGUCCAACGUGCUGCAGUGCCAGCAGUGUACAGGGACUUACAACUCCAGGAUGGUUCCGAGCAUCGGAGAUGUGGUGUCCUUAUAUGACCCCAAAGGCUUCCUCUCCGGCACGGUCCAGUUGGACUUGGGGCAGUCCAGGAUUCUGACAGGAGACAGAAGUCUGUGCAGGAGCAUCACGAGCAGCAGGUUCGGGCAAUGCAUCGAAGGAGUCGUUCAAGAUGUAAAUGUGCUCAACAACACGAUGGUCGUACUGUCGGAGUACAUACAAGAAUACCUUUCCCUCAGCAACUACUCCAUUCAGUUCAAGGGUUGCUGCAGACUCUCAACGCUUGUCAACAACGCGGGCUCGUACUGGCAAGAGCGGGCGAUGAUCCAGCUGGCAAACAAGCUCCCCAACGAGAGCCCCAUGAUUGCCCGAGUCAUGCAGGUCGAGGCCUACGCUGGACAGACUAUGUCAUUCAAGAUUCAAGCAUUUCAGCCUGAAGGAAACAAGUUGAGCUGGAGGAUAGGGACGCAGCAAGAGUUCGAUCCCUUGGGGACCAGCAAGCUGCCCGGACCUCCUGCUUCUCUUGCAGUGGAUGCUACGACAGGGGAGGUCCAAUGGUAUUCAACCACAACAGUCGGCCUGUUUGUGGUCUAUGUUGUUGUUGAGGCUAAAAUCGACACCUAUAGCGCCGGAUCGACUUUCGUCUCCUUUAUCAUCCGGGUCAACCCCGCAAACUCGGCCACGAGGCCAGCAGUGUCCAUCCUGGGAGGUUCCUUGCAGUCUUUCGUCUGCGGGAGGAGCAACUUGAUGCAAAUCUUCCCAUCCUCAUCUUCCACGUCAGCAGAAAAUCUCCGAGUAGACCAGCUCCUCGCCGGCCCGUCCCUCCACAACGACACUCUUUGGACAGCAGGAGCCCGCCCUCUCUUCCUCUCCUUUUCAGGAUCUGCAAACUACACCUGGUUGCCUCCCUGCGAGCUGCUGGCGGCCAACGUCCGCUACCUCUACUCGGGCCCGAGCAUGCUCGACGUCUUUCAAGCUUGUUUUACAGCGCGGGAUCAGGUCAAGUUCGUGACAUCUCCUCCCUCUUGUUCCUUCAUCCGCGUGCUCCGAUGCACCCGGCCGGCCCUCACAAUGCUCGGAACUGCAGGAACCUACCAAGAGGUGACAGUCAGGGUCGGAAGGAAGCAGCAGUUUGCCUUCAACGCGAGCGACGACACCCAGACGCUGUCGGUCUCGUUCGUCCCCUCCUCCACCACCUCCUUGAUCUUCGGCUUCGACUGGAACCCCAACGUCUGCUCUCAAAUCCCCGCGACAUCCGCGUGGAAUUUCUCCUCCGGCCAGUCGCUAACGGUCUGCAACCCGGUCACCUCCCUCCUCAACUUCUCCGCCAACUUCUCGCAUGCUGGCCUGGACCAGGUCUUCUGCUUCCAGUCUCGCAACGACCAGCACCUGUGCAGCGAGGAGGACAGGAGGUCCAUGCCGAUUUGCAUCCGCCUCAUCGUCCCUGCCCCGUCGAUCUCCUGGUCCUCCCUGACUCCUCAGGAGGGAGCUGAGAUCUUCACCUACCUGGGCUGCCAGCUGGAUGUUCCCCUUGCUGCCGUCGACCUGACUGACUACUUUGACAUCUCCAUCGAGCCGGACGGCCUCCAGUACACGCUCCCAACCGGAGCUUCGCUAUCGGAUCCGGUGUGCCAACCGAGCACCUCCUCUUCACCGGAUUUUCAGGCUGCUUCUCUCACGUCGUCCCGCUUGUCUCGCUGCCUGAUCCUCACUGUGAGCAAGUGCAGGUACUGCGCGCGAAAGGGCGAGUCGCUCCUCCAGAUCUCUCAGGAGUUUGCAACCGACUGGCUCCAGCUCUUCGCUGCGAACCCGCAGCUCUUGAACCCUGAUCAGGUGGAGGAGGCAGAGCUCAUCAAUCUCGGGCCCCUCUAUCCUGCCAGGAGGUACGACACGCUCACCAGCAUCGCUGACAGGUUGCGAAUCCCUUGUGCAGUAAUGCGGGUUUCAGUCCAAUAUCGCCAGCCUUGUCAGAAGCAACCCGGACAUAACAGACAUCAGUGA